AUUAUUAUUGUUGCUUACACACAUGCAUUAUCACAUUAUCAUUUUAUAAACGCGCAACAGUCAACGAGUUAUUUCCAAAGAUACACUUUACAUUUUUUUUUUUUAUUUUUUUUUAUUUUGUUUUAUUAUAUUUAUGAUUUCGUAUAUAUUAUUUUCACUGCAAAAAAAAUUAUAAUAUUUGACAAUCAAAGAAAAUCAUAGUUCAAUCCUUUUUUUUCUCAAUUAAAAUGAUUAAAUUAAAAAUUUAAUAUUUACAUAAUUACAGUUUCAAUUUAAAUAUAUGUCAGUUUGUUAAUUAAUAAUUGAAAUAUACCUAUACCUAUAUUAAAAAAAUGGAGGUGAAAAUUGACAAUGAAGCGCAAGUCUGUAGACUUUGUGGACAAUUUGAGAGUAUCUACAUUGAUGUUUUUGGUGAUGAAGGAUCAAAGAGACUUCUUGGUCUUAAAAUUCAAUCAAAAAUAAAUAUUUUGAUUGAUGAAACGGAUCCUUUGCCAAAGACGAUCUGCGUACAGUGUCUUGGAAAACUCGAAUUUGUAUGUGACUUUCAAGAGGAGUGUCUACGUACUCAACGUUUAUUACGUAAUCGUUAUGAUCUUCCACCACUGCCAGAUAUUGAAAAUGAUAUUAAAUUGGAAAUACAAACAUCAUCAACUCAAUCAUCACCCAGUACAUCAACAAACAACAAUAACAACAACACCACCAACAAUAACAACAAUAACAACAAUAAUAAUAAUAAUGAAAAUAAAAAUCAUAAUUCAACAGCUGAUAUUGAAAAUGUUGAUCCAUCAAUUGAAGAUACAACAAUUGUACAAACAAAUACUGAAACAAUACGUCCAAAACGUAUUAUUAAAACUCCAACUAGAAAUAAAUGUCAAAUAAAAGAUAACAAUAAUAAUAAAGAUAAUAAAGAUAAAAAUAUAUUAACAAUUGAAACACCAGAGUUAACAAAAAGAUGGCUAAGAAGUCGUAAUACAACUGACACAUCAACACCAAAAUUAAAACAACAACAACAAAAAACAUCAUCAUCAUCAUCAUCUGCAAAAAAAAUAAAACUACAAACAAAUGAAUCAACACCAUCAACAUCAAAUACAAAUAAUGUAUCAAUUGUAACACGUUUACGUAGUUCAAGUCAAAAUCAACAACAAAAACUAAAUAUAUCAUUAAAUAAUAAUAAUAAAAAAUCAAAUAAAUCACAAGAUGAUAAAGAAAAACGUACAUUACAAAUUCCAACAUCAGCAUUAGAUAAAGUUAUAACAGCAGUAUCAACAUCAACAGACGUCAAAGUAUCAGUUAAAGAAACAACAAAAAAUAAUAAAAAUAAUAGCAGCAAUAAUAAUAAUAAUAAUAAUAAUGAAGAUAUUAGUUUUACACUUGAAUUAAAAAAAAAAGAAAAAAUAAAUGAUACAUCAUUGACAGUAUUGGCAAAAGUAUUUCCUGAUCAAAAUUCAUCACUUGUUGAUUCUGAAAUAAUUGAUUUACUUGAUGAUAAUUCACAUAUAAAUAAGCUAAUAAAUACAGUACAAUCAAAAACAAAAACAACAACAACAACAACAACAACAUCAUGUAAAAAUAGAAAAAAUAUAUCAUCAUCAAUUGAUGAUGAUUCAGUUGAUGAUUUAGAAUUACGUUUAGCACAAAUAACUGAAGGUAUUGGUUUUGAUAAUGAUGGUAAUUUAUCACGUAAUCCAGAAGAAUUAUAUCGUAUUGAUGGUGAAGAAAUACGUGUUGAUGAUAAUGUUGAUAUAAUAACAACAGCUGAUGGACCAACUGGUUAUUCAUGUAAGCUAUGUAAAAAAUUAUAUGAAAGACGUGAUAAAUGUACAGUGCAUGUUAAAACACAUUUAGGAAUAAAACAAUAUGCAUGUACAUUAUGUACAGCAAAAUUUGUAUGUAAAUCAGAUGUUAUGAAACAUAUUAGAUGUUCACAUACAAAUCCACGUCCAAUGCAAUGUCCAAAAUGUCCAAAACGUUUUAGAUCAAAAUUUGAUUUAACUGAACAUGAUAAUAUACAUAAAGGUAUUAAACCAUAUAGAUGUAAUGAUUGUGGACAAAGUUAUCAUCAUAAAGUAUCAUUACAAAUGCAUGUUAAAUCACAUUUACCACCCCAAAAUUUAGCAUGUGAAUAUUGUGGUAAAGUAUUUCCAUUUCGUACAAGAUUAUUAUCACAUAUUGCAAGUGUACAUUUAAAAAAUCGUCGUAAUUUUCGUUGUAGAUUUUGUUAUAAUUUAUAUUCAAGUUUAAAUGUAUUAAAUGAUCAUAUUAAAACACGUCAUGCAACAACAUAUACAUGUGAUAUAUGUUCAAAAACAUUUAAAGUAUCAUCAAAAUAUAAAGCACAUGUAUUACAACAUACUAAUCCAAAACCAUAUGCAUGUAAAAUAUGUAAUAAUCGUUAUGCAUCAAAAGCAUUUUUAAAUGAACAUUUAUUAAAACAUGAAGGUUUAAGAAAACAUGUUUGUCAAAAAUGUGGUGCUAGUUUUGCACAAGCAAGUCAUCUUGCUGCACAUAGACAUGUACAUGGUGAAAAAACUCAUAUAUGUCCAGAGUGUGGAAGAAAAUUUAAUCGUCGUGAUAAUAUGAAAGUACAUAGAAAACGUCAUGCUGCUGAAACUGGAAGAAUUGUUGAUGGUUAUAAGAGUAUUAUUGAUGAUGACGAUGAUGAUGAUGAUGGUGGAUAUGAUGAUGAUGAUGAUGUUGAUGCUGAUGCUGAUGCUGAUGAGGCUAGUGACAAAUAACAUAUAUUAGUUUAUUUAAAAAAAAAAAAAUUAUAUAUGCUCAACAUUUAAUAAACAUUUUGCCUUUGACAGAGUGUCUUCCAACGUUUUUUUUUUUUUUUUUUUUAUAUAAAUUUAUAUACUUCUUGUAAUAUAAGUUAACAUGUGGCCUAAAUAAUCAUACAAAUUUUUUGAAAAGAUGAUGAUAAUAAUAAUGACAAUAUUACUGUAAAUUUUGAUUAUUAUUAUUUUCAAUUUGAUUUAGAUUAUUUAGUAAUAAAUAAAUGAUACCCAGAUGAUAUUUAUAAACACAAUGAUAAUAAAAAUGAUAUAGAUAUUUUUAAGUUAAUAUUGUUAAAAUAUAAUAUUGCGAUGAUGAUAAUGUGCCUUUUUUGCAGAGAAAUUUAUUAAUAAUGUAAAUGUAAGUUUUUUUUUUUUUUUUUAAAUUUAUAUAAAUUAAUUUUUUUUUUUUUUUUUUUUUUUUUUUUGUAUAAAAGUUGUCUUGAGACUGACGACAUUAUUCAUUGAGCAAUAAUUUCAUUCACUUUGUAAUUAUUCAUUUAUUGUUUACCAUUGUAAAUUUAAGAAUAAAAUAUAAUAAUUUUAAGAUUGAAAAAAAAAAAAAUUAUUCACAAUUUAAAAAAGAAAAAAAUUAUAAAAUUGUUAUGAUUACUGAGAAGAAAUUUCUGAUGUGGAAUGUUAUAAGACUUUUUUGAAAAAUGCUCAUUUAUUAAUUCCAUUUGUUUAUAUAUUAAUAAAAACAUCAUAUUUUUUGAGCAAAUUA